AUGGGCAUCACAGAUAUGGCUGUUUACUCGGACUCUCUCCUUUCUAUUGAUUUUAUUUCAUGCAGCUUCUCCAAGUUCGACGUUCAUUUUGUCCUUAUUAAAGACAUCAUAGACUUGCUUUACACAUUGAAUUAUUCUCUCAACCACACUCUCUGCGAGGGAAAUAAGUGCGCCGAUUAUUUUGCUAAACUAAGAGCCAGCACAGAUUACACUAUCAAGUCUUACCCUCUCGACUCUCUUUACACCGAAGACAUAGCCUGCAAGAAAAUUGCGCAGCACGAGAUUCCUUCCAACCGUCCUGUUUACAUUGUUGGCUCAUGCAAUGGCAUCAUCUGUGUUUCCGAAUAUCAUAUUCAUGACCGCUUUGCUAUCUUUCGAUUGUGGAACCCUUCCAUUAGAAAAUUCAAGGAAUUGCCCCCACUUGAAUUGCAACAUACUGGUUAUAAUCUUCAGAUGCAUGGCUUCGGCCAUGAUCCUAUUUCCGAUCAUAACAAGGUGGUGGUUGUUUUUCGGGAUAAUAACAAAACUGAUGUAAAGGUGGUUCAUAAUGUGGGUACCAAUUUCUGGAAAGACAUUAAAGAGACGUUCCACUAUGAUCAGUUCAUUGUGGAGCAGAAAUCUGGAAAAUAUGUGAAUGGCACUAUUAAUUGGUUGGCUUCUCAAGAUUAUGGUAAAAGUCAAAGUUUUAUUGCUUCUUUUGAUUUGGGAAAAGAGUCUUAUAAAAAAGUUUUGCUACCUGAUUAUGAUUAUAGAGCAAUAGAUUCACGUACUUUGCACUUGAGUGUUUUCGGGAAUUAUUUGUGCUGGAUUUCUAGUAAUGAUGUUUGGAUAAUGAAGGAAUAUGGGAUGAAAGCGUCUUGGACUAAAUUGUUCACUAUUCCUUUCAUGCCAUCUUAUUAUUUCUUUGCCAUUGUAAUGCAUAAUUUUGAGGAUGGCCUAGUGACGUGGAAGUCUACACAGGAUUCGACCCGGAACUUGGUUUUUUACAAUUCUACAAAUGGCUCUGUUAAGUUUUCUUAUUUUAAGUUUGAAUUCAUCCUAGAAGUCUGCGUUGAAAGUUUGAUAUUACCUUGUUCUUAA